AUGAGGGCCGUUCUAUUCUCGCUCAGUGCGUUUGUAUGCUAUGCCAUCUUCUAUUUCUCCCAUGCCAAUGGACUCAACGAGCUAGCCUUCAAAGCCAUCGCAUCCGGCAAGCUCCCCGGGAACAAUGAGCCUCUGCGAACAGUCUAUACUGGGGUUGAACACAUCGACAAGCUGCUUACUGUCCUCACCACCUUUUUUUACCCAGUUCUAGAUGGGCAGGACGCUACACUUUUUCUUCAUAGCAUCGGAUUCUCCGGCACAUUCGGUGCGACAUGGACUCUGGUUGUCUUGGAAUCAUGGCGCAAGGGCAAUUCCGGCACCAUCGCAGCUUACCCUACAAUCUUUGGUCUAAUGGCCCAAGUCUUUACUUUUGCCUUUGCCACUCCUCUGGUUUGCGCCCUGCAACUAGGUUGCUCAAUCACUGCCCGGCGCCCCCACGCAGAAAACAUCCGCGUCCCUCGAGUCGUGCUUGCUGUUAUCCCGACCGUGUUCAUCAUUGGAUUCCUGGUCCCCACUAAUUUAAUGGCCCUACCAGCGCCCGAGAUAAUUCCCGUCGACUGGAAACAAAUCGCGAUUGCUUCAUGGCACCCAUGGCCAGCAUAUGUUUCGAUCCUCACAACUGUGGCCUACUACGUCCUAGGUCCAUUUUUCUCUAACAACCACCGUGCCUCCAUGUCCGGCUUGCGGUGGGUCUACGCAUCAGCAUUCAUCCACGCUUCCCUUAGCCAUCUUGUCACCCUGGUUCUUUCCGUUGGCACGGUCGUGGCUCCCGCCUUGUUUGACGAUCGAUUUGUCGUUGCUCUUCACCCAUGCAAGGUGUAUUCUUUCCCUCUUCCUUGGUCCGGAUUGACGGUUGAUACCGUGGCUGAAGGCGUGCACGUCUUUCUUCGCUGGGACUACAUGAUUGGAUCCGCCGGAAUUUUGCUCUGGGCUUUGAAAUUGCACAUUGUUGCGCAGCGACAAAUUGUCAGCGGUGUCUCGUGGCUCAGCCUUCUUUUCAAGGUCGGCCUGUUGACAGCUUUGACUGGUCCAGCUGGUGCGGCAGUGGAGUUGAUGUGGGAGCGAGAUGAGCUCGUCUUUCGUGAAACCGGAGGCUCGAGGCAGCAGGUUACUACCGCUAAGAAAUCUUCAUAA